CAGCCGUCGCGUGUGACGUGACGCAGUACGCAGUGCGCGCGCCCCCGCCGUACGUAUAUGAACGUGCGCGCGACUCGGCUAAAUUCUUUUCGGCUCCAUCUUGUGAAGCGGCGGCGUCUCGUGCGUGACUGGAACCAUGCAGCUGUUCAUCCGUGCUCAGAACCUGCACACCCUUGAGGUGUCUGGACAGGAAACAGUAUCUCACCUUAAGGCUCACAUUGAGUCCCUGGAAGGCAUUGCACCAGAAGAUCAGGUGGUUCUCUUGGGUGGAACUCCUUUGGAGGAUGAAGCUAUCAUUGGGCAAUGUGGCAUCAGCGAACUUGCCACUCUGGAGGUGGCUGCUCGCAUGUUGGGUGGUAAGGUCCAUGGCUCCCUGGCUCGUGCUGGGAAGGUGAGAGGCCAGACUCCCAAGGUUGCCAAGCAAGAGAAGAAGAAGAAGAAGACUGGCCGUGCCAAGAGACGCAUGCAGUACAACCGGCGCUUUGUCAAUAUUGUGCCAGGCUUUGGCAAGAAGAAGGGCCCCAAUGCUAACUCCUAAAUCAUGCACCUCACCCAAUAAAUCAGAUGUCACUUGAG